AUGUCCCUCGGGGGGACCACAGGCGACAACACGCGCCUGCUUCGGAAGGCUCCAGAGGAGGAGGAGGAGGAGGAGGAGGAGGAGGAGGAGGAGGCGAUGCAGGCGGAGGGCGUGCGGGAGGUGGCCGUGGCAACUGGCCUGGAGGUGCUGUACCAGGAGACCCCCAACUACCGCAGAGCGGCGGCCGAGGCUGACCGCAUGAUCGAGCCAAGGGAGACGGCUAGGCAUGCCUGGCGAGUGCCAGACCUGGGCGUAGAGCCUGUUGCUAGUGCUGCAAAGGAGGCGGUUACUGAGGGGGGUGGUCAUAUCACAAGACCAGUCAAGAAAACCAACAGGGCAAGAGAAGCAACUCAAGGUGGUACGACUAGCUAA